CUAGUUGUCAUGUUGUUCAAAAUGGCGGAGAAAACAGGCCUGUUGACGUCGUGACGUGUUUGUUGCUGGGACUUGUCGACAAUUAGGUCACAUCAAAUUAAUUUGGCCCUGCUCUGCCGGCCCAACCCCGCUGCCUGGAGAAUGCUUUCGAAAGACGCGCACUUUGCCCUCUCUGUUUUAUGACGAAGGGCUAGUGGUUAUCGAAGGCACGCAAAACCACUGACGUGGCAUUGAGGGUUGGUGGCAAACUUCAUUUCGGACGAGCCCUCCUCGGCCGUUGUCUCUGGUCACCAUGUCGGUGACACUAAUGGCUGCAUCAUGCGAUUCCAUUGGUUCCUGCUCUCUGGAUGUGGACGCUGAGUCACUUGCUGAUUCUACUCAAGUUGAUUCAUCAAUUAAUCGACGCAAUGCAGGUGAGCUUCAAGCAAAUGCUCCAUCGCUUUCAGAGCAGACUUUGCAUAGCUUGCUGUUGUCUGCCAGCACAAAUAGUGCUGGGCAAAAUUCAGAAAACGUUGACAAAUCUCAAACCAAUUUGAGCAUCCCUAGUCCUUCAACAGCAAAGAAGCCAUCAUAUCUUAAUCUAGCUUGCUCGAUCAGUGGCUAUGGUGGAAUUACUACUUAUGACAGUAAGCUGAGAGAAGGAUUUCGAUCAAGAGACCACAGUCCGGGGAAAUUAAUGAAUGUCCAGAACGGUAGUAGAGAAGCCAGUCCCGCACGAGUAUUGGGUGUUGGUUCUGUGAGUUCAGGCAAUUUUUUGACUGCACCAAAUUCAGGACGAGGGUAUUGGUCAACAAGCCCUGGUCAACUGUCUGAAAGCAACAUGAAGCAUAUGUCCUCAACCUAUGGAGGUGUUCAACGUAUCAAUGGCACCAAUGGAACCAAUGGUACUGAUCAAACUGAUGCAACCGGGAAUUUCAAUGUUAAACGAAUCUCAGACCAAAGAAAUCGCUGGUUGGAAUCCACCCUUUCGCCCUCAGAAAAGAACAAUGACUACCAGAAAGUUUUAUCUGUCAUUGAGUCUAAGUCUGAACGGCAUGGGUUCAGGACAGAGACAUCUAUGGAAACAAGAUAUGAAUUAAAUUCAAGAUCUCGUUCCACUGUUGUGAGCUCUACAUCUGUCACUUCCUCAAGCUCUCAUCCUCAACAAUACUCAAGCUCUAUUCGAUCUGAGAGGAUAAUACCUAUGUCCAUUGAGACAGAUUCUUCUUUGGACCGUUACAGCAAACUUUCAGACAAGAAGCAAGGUUAUACAAAUGGCUCAGCUUCUCACCAGACACCUGUAUCUUCUAAGUCCUUCAUCCAGCAGCGCGUUGAAAGGCUCUAUGGGCCUUGUGCCUUAGCCCAGGGCUUUUUUCAUCGCAGUUGCAAGAGCUCAUAUUCUUUUUCGCCUAAUCUACAUGGAGCAAAUGGUGUCAGCAACCAAACAAAGCCUGAAGAAAAAACAACUCCUGAUAAAACAGAGGACUCUCCUGAGUUGCCAGUUCUGAGACAUCUGCGUCCUGAGUUUCGCGACCAGCUAACUGUUGCUCCUCGUCGAAGUUUAGGAUCAAGAUUUUCUGAUGGCUCUACUCCUUCUCCAUCAAACUUUUCUGCACCUGGUUCAACUGUCCGUAGUGCCAAAGUGGAAACGUUGCACACUGUUGAACGACUUCAGCAUCAGACAUCUACAGAAAGCUUAGCUGACCUUCAGCCAGCCGCUCCUGAAGUUGUUCUGCCCCAGCAGUCUCCCUCAGUUUCCCCAAUGUCCAAAGAGGUCAACACUCCUGUGGUCUUGACCACGGGAACUGCCGACAUUUCAAAUGUGGUUCCGGUAGAAGAAUCUAAAUUCUCCUCCAAACCUCAGGAAGAACCCUCUUUAUCCACUGCACCUCGUGUUCCAAUAUUGGAAGAAAAUGAAGAGGAAAAUGCCGGCCACAAAUUCCUCAAAAUUCAGCGUCAAACUAUCGAAAAGCUCUUAGAAUUAGCUGCAAAAGCUGAAAAAGAAAUAGAGGAAAAUGGUUCGACUCUUUCAGAAGAAGCUCUUGGGCACCUUAGGGCAGCUGCCGGGCAAGCAAGGUUAUUGGUUAACCAAAAAAUGGUGCAGUUUGAAGGACUUUGCCGCAAAUGCAUAAACCAACGACCUGAAGAACAAUUCCCUACUACCCCAGAGGAUCUUCAAGGAUUCUGGGAUAUGCUGCUGUUGCAAGUCGACCAGGUUCACAAUACCUUCCAUCGUCUUGAUAAACUUAAGGCAGUUGGGUGGUGUGAGGACAAACUUGCAGCUGAAGACAAACCAAAGUCAAUUGAUAACUCAGGAACUCGCACUCCCAGCUCAAGUAGCAAAAGAACAACUCGCACUCCUAAAGCUUCUACACCUAGUGCAGCAAAGUCUGCUGAGGCAGCAGCAUUGAGGAAGCAGCGGGAAGAAGAGCGGCGCAAGUUAAUGGAACAACGAAGAAAAGAAUUGAAACAAAAACAGCAAACUGGACAAGAGUCGUCUGAAUCUGAAAAAACCGUUGAAAUAUUUGGUGCAGAACUUAGCUAAGAAUGGCUGUGCGCCAUGGCGCACUUUUUUCAUUGCAUUGCAUGCUUAGCAUCAAUAAAUUAGGAAAGAAAAUUCAAAUUACUGUCCAUAAUUUAGUUGAAAAAAUAGUUUUGCUAAAGUUUUUAAAGUUUCUGAAACAAAGUUGUUUGUUUUAUUUUGACAUAAGUAGGAUAUAAAAGAAAAGUUCUCCUGUUAUAGGUUGUCCUAACUUAAUGGCAAACUUGCAUCUUGACCUCUAGAAUCUCAUCUGAACCUUGAGAAGGGCAUCAUGUAUGGAAGUUAUAGAGGCUAACAUCACUUACAAUUAUUUCAUCAGGUUAUAAUAGUUAUUUGAUCUACAUAAAACUCGUGCUUUAACCAUCUUACUAAAAGGCUAAAACGGUUUAUCCAUUGCUAUUCAUAAGUGGUGAGGGUUUUAAAAAAAUAUCUAGACAAAACUUGUAAAAUGCAACAACAGGCUAAUUUUGGGAAUCGAUGGGAAAUUGAUCUUUGCUUUAGAUAAAUGAAACACAAGAAAACAAGCCUUUUUUUUUUCAGUGUCAUAUGCUCUUUGACUAAUUUGCUGCAAUUCAAAUUAGAUUUGAUUGAUUGUUGCAGUCAUAUUCCAUGCCAUGCUGGUUUGGCCAAUGGCUAUCAUAUGGUUGCAUGUUACAGCGACAGUUGAAUGAGUGAACUUUGAGACAGUAACUAAGAUAAAUAGCUGGCUUCAACUCAUGGUUGUAUUACUGCUCGUAUUACUUCUAACAAUGUAGCACAAAAAAUCUUUGAGAGUUCUCUGGUUUUGACAGCUUUCUCCCAGAAUUCAGUUUGUUUUUUAGAUUGCAGAAUUGCAGAUAUAACCAAAUGUACGAACCGGUGUAGGUAUUUACUUUUAAUUUUUCUUUUAAUUUUCUGUGUAGAUCCAAAAUGUGCUACUUGGUAAGCUGUUUAUAAGACUCUAAUAUUACCAAAGUUAUGAAUGUCUGUUGAACCUAGUUCUCCUAUUUAAAAUAUUUAUAUAUAUAUAUAUAUUUGAAUGAUUAUGACUGUUUUUUUCCUUUAUUUUAAUGUUUUGAUAUAUUUAUGAUUGCAAUGGUACGUUCUCUGACUGUGCUGCUUAUUUAGCAAGCACCCUUGCAGGUUGACACUGUUAAAACGCUUCUACUUUUGCACAUUUGUCUACGUUUAUUUGGUGUUUAAAUGUAGUGUCACAUACCUUUUUCGUUUUUAAUAUGUUUUCUUGCUAUGACCAAAUUAACUUGUGUGAAGAAUGGAAUGAUCAACAAUUAUCAUUCUCUUUCCAUCAAUCAAUUAUGACUGAUAUGUCGGCUGUUGGGUGUUUUGUGUCCUCUAACGUGAUGAAGAGUUGAUUUUUGUAUUUUUAAUUUAUGCACUAUUUAUAUAUUUAUACAAUUUAGAAGUCAUUUAUGCAUGUUGAGCACUUUACAUUGAUAUGUGCAUCUUUUGACAGUAUUUAUUUCGUUUCUUCCUUCCAUUCUUUUAUUUUGUCACAAUGUUCUUGUGUAUGAUGCAGUUUUUCAUUUUUAUUACACUGCGAGCCACAAGAUUGACUGAUGAAGUUCUUAUCCAGUACAAAUUGACAAUUUUCCUGUUGAAUUGCAUGAAAAUCAAGAAGUGAGAAUGCACAUGGACUUCAGUCUGAUUAUUUAUUAAUUUUAUGGUCUGAUUUAAAGUGUCAUUUGAUGUGUUACAUUCCUUAGUUUGCCAGGUAUUGCUUUUACUAUCAAAGAAUAUCCAGCGUUACUGAGAAACUUAGACCGUAUGGAAAUUAAAAUCAAAAUGUAGUGUUGUAGCUUUAAUUGAGAAAGCAGUGUGUUCCCAGAGUGCAGGAUACUUUCACUACCUGCACCAUGAAACUGAACACCCCAAUAACCUGAUGUUUAUGUUGCAUGAUUUCUUUGUAGCAGUAUCCAGCUAUCAGAAGCCAUGUAACUCAUCCAUAAGUUUAGUUUGCAUGGCAGGACACUGUCAAUUACAGUAGUAGAUUCAGAAGUCUUUUUGGCAUCUUGUUCUUAGGAGCCAACUGCUCAAUUACAACCUUUCCAUACCAUAAGCAGCUCAUUUAAAAAAAUGUAUUUUAUGAUCUUAUGUCUAGAUUGCUUGUUAAAAAUUGAAUUAGUUGCUAGAACAGAGGAGUAGUGUUUUAAAUCAUCAAAUCUAGAGGGUUUGGCCUUGAUUCUCAUUUCAGUGAUAAAAAUGCUCAAACAGUUGACUGUUGCUUGAGGCAGGCUUUUAAUGACGUGAUUACAUUUUACCCUAAAUUUUGUGAGUGUUUGAUUUGAUUUGGUAUUUAACAUUGUGUGCUAGAUUUCUACUAAAAUUAUGUAUGAGUUGAUCACUUUCUAGGUGUGCUAAGUGUAGUUGGGGCAGCCUGUAGCAAUCAAUGUGUUCUCUUGAAAUUUAGCUUGAUAUGUUUCAAUUUAUGAGGGACCCAAGCCUUACGUCCAUCAUCCACCAGUAUUUUUAAGGAGAUGCUCUCUAAUGAUUGGGUUGGGUGAGAGAUAUUUACUUUUUUAAGACGUAAGACGAACAACAUAAAGCUAUUUUGUGACAGAUUGAUAGGUUUAGACUUAGGAAGGAAACCUCACUAUGAUGGAUUUUCCAGCUCUGAAUAGUGAGUGUCAAGGGCUCUUAUCUGCUUUAAGGACAUUCCUGUAACACAUUUAACAAAUUUUGACCAAACAUAAUUGAGUUGUGGUGCUUGUUUUGUAUUCAAAGCUUUAGUAAUUUCUCACCAUUGUUGCACCUGAUGUGCACAAUAAUAUCUAACAAUAACAUGUAUUUACAGAUUGUGGUUUGUAUCUAUUUUGCAGAUGUAUUUUUAAAGUAUGAUGGAUCCUUAAUUCUUCAUCUGUGGGAAAUAUCUAUAGAGGAUCUGGUGCUACCAAACACUUUCAAGACAACUGCCAUGUACUAGGAGCUUGUACCCUUGCUUAACUUCCCAAUAAACUAUGACCCAUU